CCGCUCCUGAAUACGGUGUGAAAAAUAAUUCCCUUGUGAAACUUGAAAAAGAAAAAAAAUACUUUCGAUUUGCAGGGAAUAAUUACUCAUUAGAUGUGUUCAUGAAGUUAGGUCUCAGACAAGAAUAAGCAUGCAGCAGGAGCACCGGAACCUGUUGGUCAAGAAUAGGACCUUGAUAAUAGAGAACAUGGCCAACCCACUAGACGUCACUGACAUGUUGUAUGAGAAAAACAUCUUCACGGAUGCCAUGAAGCAAGAUGUUGAGGCACAGAGAACAAAGAUUGAGCAGGUGCGGAAAAUUCUUGAUCUUGUACCAAAGAGAGGUCCAAAAGCAUUUGAAGUGUUUUGUCACACAAUGGUUGAGACACACAACUACUCAAUAGCUGCCGCCCUUGGGGUGCAAGGUCAAGGUCAUGUCAUAGCACAACCAGGCGCUGAUCUGCCAGAGGAGUGGCCAAAUGAGAAAGCGAUGUCAGCUCCAGUUAUUGUUGAGCCAUGUAAUGUGCACUCUGACCUUGUCCGACAAAACUGGCACAACCCUAAUGUUUAUCCAAUGAGAAAAGCAAUACGUGGAAAGUGCCUCAUCAUAUCAAAUAAAAUCUUCACUAAAUCUGAGAUUGAUUCUGAAGGCGUGUUUCGCAAUGUACUUCGUCACCGAUAUGGAACAGAAAGAGACGUGGAGAAGUUAACAGAAUUAUUCUCGCAGUUCCAUUUUGAAGUUAUUGUAAAGGAAGAUCUACAGCGAGAUGCAAUGUCCAGAGUUCUUUUCCAAUUUUCUGCUGACAAGUCCCUGAUGGACUCUGACUGUUUUGUGUGCAUCAUAUGCAGCCAUGGAACAAGGGAGGGAAUCUAUGGUACUGAUGGUGAGAUUAUACCAAUUGAGGAGGUUACAUCUCAUUUCGAUGGUGAACACUGCCCCCAACUCCAAGAGAAACCAAAACUAUUCUUCAUUCAGGCUUGUCAAGGAGAGAAGUAUGACCGUACAGAGGAGGACCAAGGUCCAGAUAUCAGUAAGGUGGUAAAAGAUCUCAAGAAUAUUCGCCUUGAAGACGGCGCCAACAGAACUGACGCUGAAGGUGACAGAUCACCACACACUGCUACAGCUACCGACGCGGUUGGUGAAAUGCAGCCCAUUAACACCAGGACCCGCGUGUCCAUUAAACAAGACAUUCUGGUGGCAUGUGCCACACACCCAGAUUUUGUUUCAUUUCGGAACGAAUUAUACGGAUCCUGGUUCAUACAAGCAGUGGUGUACGUUUUCCAGAAAUAUGCCCACAAAGAAUCCCUGGUUGAAAUGUUAACUAUGGUCAACAAGGUUGUUACCACUGGUAGAACAGGAACAGCAACCCAGUGCUCUAAAUAUGAGACCUCGCUCACAAAGAAGUUCCUCUUCUUCCCAGGAAUUAUUGAAAAUGCCGGAAGCUGAGAAACAUACGGGUCUCGCUCGGGAAAAACGCGAUUUAAUGCAUAUGCGUAAAGUGUCAUCCCAGAUUUGCAUGUGCUGUCCGCGUUUAUAUUGGCCUUGGUAAAGUACCGGUAUAUGAAGUGUUUAUUGUCAGAAAUUGGUGAUAUUUUUAUGUGUUUUUGUAUUGAAUAAAACCUUUAUUUUGUGCA